CUGGUGUCCACCGCCUGCUUCGCUCCCCCGCCUUUCCGGUUCGGGCCUGGCGAGCGAUGGCGGCUGAGUCGUGGGCGCGGGCGGUCGAUCUGCAGGAAUCGGCAGCCGAGUCGCUGAGCAACCUGAAACUGAAAGAAGAAAGUUCAAAUGCUGAGCCAAAAGAAGCAGUCGUAAAGCAAGAUCGUUCGGAUAAAGUGGACAAAGCCAAUAAACCAGACAAAAGUGGUGACAGUGAGAAUGCCAAGCCGGAAGAAGAUGACAGAGAGGACAAGGCUGCCCAGUCCUUGUUGAAUAAACUCAUUCGUAGUAACUUGGUUCAGUCGUCACACCAGGUGGAAGUGCUGCAGAGAGACCCAAAUUCUCCACUCUACUCAGUGAAGUCAUUUGAAGAGCUCCAUUUGAAGAAGGAACUUCUGCAAGGUGUAUAUGGAAUGGGAUUUAACAGACCUUCAAAGAUCCAGGAGACAGCAUUACCCAUGAUGCUUGCAGAGCCCCCACAGAAUCUGAUUGCGCAGUCUCAGUCGGGUACUGGGAAGACAGCGGCCUUUGUCCUGGCUAUGCUCAGUCGCGUGGAUCUUACACAAAGACAUCCACAGUGUUUAUGCCUCUCUCCAACAUAUGAGCUGGCCUUACAGACCGGACAAGUGAUUGAGCAGAUGGGAAAGUUCUGUCCUGAUAUCAAGUUGGCAUACGCUGUGCGAGGAAAUAGACUUGAGAAAGGCCAGAAGAUUCCGGAACAAAUUGUUAUAGGAACACCCGGGACCGUCAUGGACUGGUGCAUAAAGCUGAAGUUCAUAGAUACCAAGAAAAUAAAAGUUUUUGUCUUGGAUGAAGCUGAUGUCAUGAUUGCUACUCAAGGACACCAGGACCAGAGCAUUCGAAUUCAGAAGACGCUGCCUGCCAAUUGUCAGAUGCUGCUGUUCUCGGCUACCUUUGAAGAUUCCGUAUGGAAGUUUGCCCAGAAGGUCGUUCCUGAUCCUAAUAUCAUUGCUUUGAAGCGAGAGGAAGAGACCUUGGAUACAAUUAAGCAGUAUUAUGUCAUGUGUAACAGCAAGGAAGAGAAAUACCAGGCUCUGUGUAAUAUCUAUGGAGCAAUAACCAUCGCCCAGGCCAUGAUCUUUUGCCAUACUCGCAGGACGGCCGGCUGGCUGGCAGCAGAGCUGUCCAAGGAAGGGCACCAGGUGGCGCUGCUAAGUGGCGAGAUGAUGGUGGAACAACGAGCUGCUGUGAUCCAGCGCUUCCGGGAUGGCAAAGAGAAAGUCCUGGUCACAACGAACGUCUGUGCACGAGGUAUUGAUGUUGAGCAGGUCUCUGUCGUCAUCAACUUUGAUCUCCCGGUGGAUAAGGACGGGAACCCAGACUGCGAGACGUACCUUCACCGGAUUGGACGGACAGGCCGUUUCGGCAAACGUGGCUUGGCUAUCAAUAUGGUGGAUAGUAAAUACAGCAUGAACAUCCUGAACCGGAUCCAGGAACAUUUCAACAAGAAAAUUGAGAAACUUGACACCGAUGACCUUGAUGAGAUUGAGAAGAUUACUAACUGAAUAGGCUGGCUUCGCCUUCUCAACCCUGUGACAACAUGCACCCAGAUGCAAUUGGACUUUUGGACUAGAUACCAGUUUGGUUUCUUCUGCAGCCAAGUUUGAGAAUAAACCGACAGAAUCAAAUUAUAUUCAAUUUACCUCAUUUAAAAAUUUGCAUUGGGACUGUAAAAUCUUGUAUUUUUCCUUCAAUGGAGUGAAAAAUAAAAAAAUGCCAGGAAAGUGUUUACAUGACAUCAUUCAACAUUAUAUAGUUUGUCUUAGUUAGCCUUAAAAGGAAUAUUUGAAAUGCCAAACAACAACAAAAAAGGUGAGAGAUGUAAAUGUGAAGUAAGGAAGACCUUUUCCAUUUAGAUAUCGUUCAUUUUUAAUGCAGUGGGUUACAGUUAUAGAUUUAAUUCUGUUUGGAAGUGAAGGUUACUGAAAUAAAUUGAAACACACUGUUAUCUUAGACAAAUUUAAUAACUUCAUCAUUUAGCAAAUUAAUUACAAAAUGUAAUUUAUUCUCACCAACUAUGGUAGUUGAGAUGGUUAUCAGUUUGUUUUCUUAAUUUAUUACUGACAGGUAAUUUAGUCACAGCUAGUUUCCUCCUGGAUACAGCAAUGAUCUGUUACUCCCUUUGUAUUUAAAGAUACCUAGUUUGCUGUAUUAACUCUUGGCCAUUUCUACAGACUGAGAUAAACAGUUUACCCAGCACCUCUCAAGUAACUUGCUAUUCAGCUCUAGUGAAUCAAAAAGACCCUCUAAUACUUAACCGAGUACUUUAACCAAAUAGGGACGUUAGUUGCUUAAUAUAAGAGCUUCCAAAGUGGUUAUAGAAAAUGUAGUGUUUUUAUAGGACACAGGCAUCUGAUUUCAAUCUUGGCCAAAAUUUCCAGACUUUUUAGGUAAGAAGCAGUAUUGGGCAGAUGUAAUUUUUAAUUGAUGAAUUUAAACAUAAAGCUGCUGUAUGAAUAAGUAGACUAGAGCGGCAUGUGAAGUGACUUGCUCGAGUUAAUAGUUUUACGAUUAGCUGCACUCAAUAAACAUUCUGCAUAAUGGCUUGGAAUCUCAACUCCUAUAAGUAUCUGCGCAGAUGAAUUGCCUUGUAGUCAUUUCUUGAGUGGUUUCACUUGAUGCUUGUGUAGAAUAUAAACCAGAAGCUGUUCUGAGUUUUUAGGCUGGGAAUAGCUUUUGUAGAUCCUUGCCUUCAUGGUAGGUAUAAUUGUUCCCCAUAUUGUGCUUAUGUAAAGCUGAUAAUUGAGACUAUAUUUGCCAUGCACUGUAUGUUCCUGUAUCAGUGGCAGCUGGAGAAAUCACUGUAUGCCGCUAGCAAGUCAGAUUCCUGCUCAGGUACUCAGCAGGUCAGGCAACAUCUAUGGAGAGGAACAAACAAUCAUUGUUUCAGCCCAAGACCUUUCAUGACUCCUGUCGAUGCUGCCUGACCUGCUGAGUUCCUCCAGCAUUUUGUGUGUGUGCAUCUGCUGAAUCUCUUGUGUUUAAGAUUCCUGCCAUUGUUAUUUUUCCCCAUUUAUACCAGAUACAGUAAUCCAUUUAAUAAAUGUCAAAGUCAAAGCAUUUGUACACUGCAACUAUUUUUAAAUAAUUUUACUAAUAUGGACAUCAGUUUUUUAACAUGAAUUGGGAAGUGUGCAUCUUUACUACCCAAAAUCUGUCAAGCAGAGAUUGGGUGAUUUCUCGUGCUUGUCCCGUGUGGAAGCUUCAUAUACUGUGGCUAGCGGCAUAGACCAUAGCUAUGGUGAAAUAGAGGCUCGUGCAGUGUUAAGGGACAAUUACCUUAAUCAGCAUAGCAAUUUGAAUUAAAGGGGAAUUGUGGUUUGGCAAUCAAUUAUUUGCAAUAUACGGCUAGCUUCUGGAUGACUUCUUUCUUGUAUUCCACAAGUAAUGUUCUCAACUGGUGAGUUGCAACUCUGUAGUGAAGGGGGGGGGGGGGGAAGUAUUUAACAA